AUCCAUGAGACUAAUUAAUACUUGGUCUGUGAAGAAGUGUGUAUGAAUCACAUUCACAUUCACCUUCACAUUCACAUUCACAUUCGGAUCAGAACACAAUCUUCUGCUUCUUCUCAUCUCAUGUGCAUUUUUCUGAAGCAGAGUUAAAGCUCUCAAAUCAACCCGUUCAGUAACAAUAACACCGCCGUUAAGCGGUGUUGUUCUUCCUCCUCCGAUUCGUUUUCUCGCCGAAAUUGAACACCCUGCUUUCUCCUAACAAACAAGGUUUUUAUUUGCUCAGCUGAAGAUAUAUUUUGCGAAUGCUUUAUUUUACACAAAUUUGAGUGAUGUUGAAGUAACAAAUUUCUAUUAGUAUUUGGUUUCGGCCUAGUUUAAACGCCGAGCAAAAGCGUGUUGGUUAGAGAAUGUCCAGGCCUUUGUACAGAGGUGUGACUGGGAUUCGGAUCCCUGAUGGCAGUAUAGAUCCGUGGGAUUCGCAAUCGAAAGAUAAAACAGAAAAAGAUGGUUUGGAUAAAAGAGGUUCUUUUGAUCAGAGUCCGUUACAAUUGAGGUCUCCCUUUAGGGUUCUUUUUUCAGAUAAUUCUAGUUCUAAAUAUGGCGGUGCUAGUGAGAAUGGUUUCUCGCCUGAUCCGUUCGUUCUUGGCACUCCUAGAAGUCGGCAUAAGUUGAUUCUUCUUUUCAUGAAGUUUAGUAUAGUAUUUAUAGUUAUUUUUGCUCUUGCUGGUUCUUUUUGGUGGACAGUAUCGAUUUCAACGACUUCAAGAGAUCAUAUUUACCAUGGUUAUAGAAGACUUCAAGAGAAACUUGUAUCGGACCUUUUGGAUAUCGGAGAGAUUUCUUAUGCUCCCUCGAAAACGAAAGAAUUGGAAUUCUGUUCUCAGGAUUUUGAAAAUUAUGUUCCUUGCUUUAACGCAUCAGAAAAUCUAGCUCAGGGUCACUCUGAUGGCAGUGAGUUUGACCGUCAAUGUGGCCAUGAGCUUAAGCAAAAUUGUUUACUUCUCUCGCCAAUGAAUUACAAAAUUCCUCUUCGGUGGCCUACUGGAAGGGAUGUUAUCUGGGUUUCUAAUGUUAAAAUUACUGCACAGGAAGUUCUUUCUUCUGGAAGCUUUACCAAGAGGAUGAUGAUGCUCGAUGAAGAGCAAAUUUCCUUUCGUUCUGCCUCCCUUAUGUUUGAUGGGGUUGAAGACUACUCACACCAAAUCGCAGAAAUGAUUGGACUUAGAAACGAAUCCAACUUUAUACAAACUGGGGUCAGAACCAUACUGGACAUUGGUUGUGGUUAUGGUAGCUUUGGAGCACACCUCUUUCACAGUCAACUUUUAACUAUGUGCAUUGCAAACUAUGAGCCUUCAGGGAGUCAAGUUCAACUUACACUUGAGAGGGGUCUUCCUGCUAUGGUUGCUUCUUUCACUACAAAACAGUUGCCAUAUCCAUCUCUCUCCUUUGAUAUGCUGCAUUGUGCUAGAUGUGGCAUACAUUGGGACCAGAAAGAUGGGAUUCUCUUGAUUGAAGCAGAUAGACUUUUAAAACCCGGGGGCUAUUUUGUCUGGACUUCACCGCUUACAAAUGCCCGUAACAAAGACAGUCAGCAAAGGUGGAAGUUCAUACAUGAUUUUGCAGAAAACCUUUGCUGGGACAUGCUAUCACAACAAGACGAAACUGUUGUAUGGAAGAAAACUAGUAAAAUAAAAUGCUAUAGUUCAAGAAAAAACGGUUCUCCUCCUCCUCCUCUAUGUAGUAGAGGCUAUGAUGUGGAGUCUCCAUACUAUCGAGAUCUGCAAAAUUGUAUUGGAGGAACACAUAGCAGUCGUUGGAUUUCAAUUGAAAAGAGGGCGAACUGGCCUUCCAGGGAUCAUCCGAACAAGAAUGAGCUUGCAAUACAUGGAUUGCAACCUGAUGAAUUUGUGGAGGAUGCUGAAAGCUGGAGGACAGCAGUAAACAACUAUUGGUCUCUUCUGUCACCUUUGAUAUUUUCUGAUCAUCCAAAGAGACCUGGUGAUGAGGACCCUCCACCACCUUACAACAUGCUACGAAACGUGCUAGACAUGAAUGCUCAUUUUGGUGGUUUUAAUUCUGCAUUGUUGCAUUCUGGAAAAUCUGUUUGGGUGAUGAAUGUGGUGCCGGCAAAUGGAGUCAACUAUCUUCCCUUGAUCCAGGACCGCGGUUACGUUGGUGUUUUGCAUGAUUGGUGUGAGGCCUUUCCAACAUACCCUAGAACCUAUGACUUGGUACAUGCAGCAGGGUUUUUAUCCCUUGAAACUGCUCAGCAACACAGAUGUACCAUGCUUGAUAUAUUCGUUGAAAUUGACAGGUUACUUCGCCCAGAGGGUUGGAUUAUAAUUCGCGACACAGUUCCUUUAAUAGAGUCAGCUAGAGCUUUAACAACUCGGCUGAAGUGGGAUGCAAGAGUCAUAGAAAUUGAAAGCGAUAGUGAUCAGAGACUCCUGAUCUGCCAGAAGCCUUUCUUUAAAAGACAAGCAAAUUAAUUCAUUCAAGUCCCGAAGAAGAAAUCAAACCAUAGUAUUCAUAUAUUCAUUUUCAUAAUGUUCAUUUAUUAUCAUAAUGGUCUGCCAUAGAAAGUGGGGAUUGAAAAUUUUGGACAGAAACGAGCCGAAAAAGACAAUAGAGGAAAGAAAAAGAGUAAAUGCUUAUCAGCGAUACGACCAAAACUCCUAUGUAACCGUAAGGUUUAUACAUAGGAUCGUGUAAUUACCAAACGAGGAGCAGAACAGAUGAGGAAGUAUACUGGUAGAUAUGAUUUUUCAUGUGAUAUCUGAUUACAAUUACACAGACUUAUUAUGAUUAAGAUUGGGAAGAUUAUGAAAGAAUAAGUUAUUUUUGUUUGCUGUGGUGUAUAAAAUGCUCAGCGGCUAAAUCCCCCUUUUGCAAUAGAAGCAUUUUUCUGCUCCAUUUAUAGAUUCUUUAUUGUUUCAUGUAAUGGCCCAGAAAAACUAUAUCUUUACAAUUUUCUCUAUUUCAUGCUAUGAAAUCAAAAUCACAUUCUUCAUUA